CGUCUCUCUCUCGUUCACUCGAAUCUACUUGUUGCACGUUGUAACACGGCGUUGCAUUUUUGCGAGUACCGUCGAAAAAGCCGAGGCGCGCAGCCGACCGAACGAACCUACGUAUUCACGCACGUAAGCGGACGAGAAAAAAAUGGCGAACUAUCACAAGCCGGAAGCGAAAACUAUCCAGGAAUUGCGGGACAUCGCGAUUAAGUUGAGAAUUCACUCGAUCGAGGCUACGCAGGCCAGCAAAUCUGGACAUCCGACGUCAUGUUCGUCGAUGGCAGAGAUUAUGUCCGUCCUCUUUUUUCAUACUAUGCGUUACAAGGUUUCGGAGCCACGUGAUCCGAACAAUGAUAGAUUCGUCCUCAGUAAGGGUCACGCGGCUCCAAUUCUUUAUGCAGCAUGGGCUGAAGCAGGCUUAUUCCCUUCGAGCGAACUAUUGAAUUUGAGAAAAUUUGAUAGUGAUCUAGAAGGACAUCCUACUCCAAGACUCAACUUUGUUGAUGUAGGAACUGGCUCAUUAGGACAAGGCCUCUCGGUUGCUGCAGGCAUGGCCUAUGUAGGCAAGAAUUACGACAAAGCUAGUUACCGUGUGUAUUGUUUGAUCGGUGAUGGAGAAGCGGCGGAAGGUUCUAUUUGGGAAGCUCUCCAUUUUUCGUCCUAUUACAAACUGGACAAUCUUUGCGCUAUUUUUGACAUCAACCGUCUCGGACAGAGCGAGGCAACUUCACUGCAACAUAACAUGGAAGUCUAUCGCAAAAGAUUAGAAGCCUUCGGUUUCAAUGCUUUGGUUGUGGAUGGCCAUGAUGUGGAGGAACUGGCAAAGGCCUUCCAUGAAGCGCAAAACAUAAAAGGACGUCCCACUGCCAUUUUAGCUAAGACUUUUAAAGGUAAAAACUUUCCUGAAAUUGAAAACUUGGACAACUGGCACGGCAAGCCUCUGGGCGGUAAAGCAAAUGAAGUUAUUCAGCACUUGAAUGGACUUUUGAAAAAUAUAGGUCCUGCUGGAUUGCGUCCACAGAAGCCUCUUGUAGAUGAUGCCCCAGCUGUAGACAUUAGUAACAUUACGUUAGCUGCACCUCCAAGUUACAAAAUCGGCGACCAAGUAGCUACCAGGUUGGCUUAUGGUACCGCACUUGCUAAGUUGGCGAAAUAUAAUCCUCGUGUUAUAGCUCUGGACGGUGAUACAAAGAAUUCUACUUACGCCGAAAAGAUAAAAACAGUUGACCCGGCCAGAUUUAUCGAAGGAUUCAUCGCCGAGCAGAAUAUCGUGGGCGUUGCGAUCGGUGCUGCUUGCAGGGAUCGCACCGUCGCGUUUGUAUCGGCUUUCGCGACGUUCUUUACGCGCGCUUUCGAUCAGAUUCGCAUGGGCGCGAUAUCGCAGACGAACGUGAAUUUCGUUGGCUCACACUGUGGCGUGUCUAUCGGUGAGGACGGUCCCUCGCAGAUGGGCCUGGAGGAUAUCGCAAUGUUCCGCUCGAUUCCGGGUUCCACCGUUUUUUACCCGAGCGACGCCGUGUCAGCAGAACGCGCCGUGGAAUUGGCGGCUAACACCAAGGGCAUCUGCUUCAUUCGCACUUCUCGCCCGAAUACGGCGAUCUUAUAUAACAACGAUGAGCUGUUGGCUAUUGGUAAGGCCAAGAUUAUCAAGUCAUCCGCGAAAGAUCAAGUGCUCGUGAUUGGCGCCGGCGUGACCUUGCACGAGGCGAUCAAGGCGGCGGAUGAGUUGGCCAAAGCCGGUAUCAGCAUUCGCGUGAUGGAUCCGUUCACGAUUAAGCCUAUCGACGCGGAAGCGAUCGUGAAAAAUGCCAAGGAGGUCGGUGGCAGAAUCAUCACUGUCGAGGAUCAUUAUCCGCAAGGAGGUCUGGGCGAGGCUGUCGCGUCCGCGGUUGCCUUGGAGAGAAACGUAAUAGUGAAGAUAUUGGCUGUGCCGACAGUGCCACGUUCUGGUCCUCCCACGGUGCUGCUUGACAAUUUCGGUAUCAGCUCUCGUAACAUCCUCACAGCGGUACGAGACAUCUUGAAAUAUUAGCGUCAUUAUCGCGAUUCAUAGAAAGAUCGUGCUGACUACACGCACAAGGAGUUCUAUACAUGUACAAAAGAUGUUAUAUUUUUCCGAAGCAACGAACCUCAAUAAUAUAUAUACUUAUACGUGGUAGCACAUUCCGUCUUCUUCGAAAUACAUUCGAAAGUACACAAAGUAAAGAAUUGGAGUCGAUAUAAUUUUAUUGGAGCAUAAUUUCGUGAUACAUACAUGACGGAAGAUUUGACGUCGCUAGUUCUUGUAUCUGCAUUUAUCGGCUUUCCUUGACACAUUGGCUAUUUAAAAAAUAUUUUCGGUUUUUAUUUGAUGAAAUUGUUUUUUUUUUAAUUAUAAUUAUUAUAAUUUGAGUUACUGAGAAAAAAUAAUAUAAGUAGCUAGCUAUAAGCUGCUAUUGAGAAUGGGUUACGAUAAAAUAUUAGAUUGAUUUUAAAUGCCAGAAAAAUAUAAGGAGAGUCAAGUUUGCACAAGAAUGAAACGAAAUUAUCAAAAACUCAGGAAUACAAUAUCUGGAAACAAGAAAUAUAAUAAACAAAUCUUGUGCAAAUAACCAAUAAACAUGAAAGCGGACUGAAGGCAUUCCAAAUUAAAAGAAAAGGUAAAGUUUGCAGCUCUUUAAGAAAAAUGUCAUUUUUUAUUCAUGACUCUUGUUUCUGAAUUUGAUGUAGACGGCCAAUAUUAAUGGAAAUUAUUUUCAUGUAUCUACAACAUUGGAAUUUAGUUAGUGGUAUAAAUUAUAUUGAUAUCAAUAUUCUAAAAGAAAAAAAAAAUGUACAUUGAAUUGUACAUAUAAUGUUAAAAAAGAUUCGUUUCUAACGUUUGAUCAAUUUCAUAGAAUUUAUUGAUGGAAAGAGAUAUAGAUUUCUUUAUACAUAGAGAUAUACAUACUUCCAAAUUUUGUAUGAAGUGAUUUUUGUAUACAAAUUUAUAUAUUGUUUUUGUAACUUGAAAAAGAGUUUGUACUCGAAAGAAUUUUUGUAAGAGAUAUAUCCAUAUAUUUGAUAUAAGUAGAAGAUGUUUUAUCUGUUGUUAAAAGCACAAAAGAAAGAAAACAUUGAGAUGUUUGCUAGGAAUAUCUUGUACAAGUGGAAAUAGAAGUUGCUCUAAGAUUA